AUGUAUGCUAAAACCUUUUGUAAAUCAACAUUAGUUAACUACCAUAAGAAAAAGAAAAAUUUUGAAUUGGUAGCUGCACAUAUAUCAAAUGAUAUAAUACCGAAAAUCUUACCAAAGUAUGACUUUAAUCUUCCUGUGGACGAAAAUUCACUUUCAAGUGAACAAGUCCAGGAGACUAGAGAAAACAUACAUAAUUUAUCAAAAGAUUUUCGUCUUAAAGCAACAGAACUCUAUCUAAAAAUCGUCAAAGAAGAAUUUGAAUUUCAAAAAGAAAGAUUACAAAAACUUAUUGAUGAUUUUCCAGAAGAUAGAUAUGAAGUAUCAUCAACACAAAUUAAUACAAAUGUUGUGGUUGAUGAUGAUGAUGAUGAUGACGAAGAACCUUUAGAUAAUAGAGUUUUUACUCAAAAACCAUUAUCACAACGACAAGAAACUAUAAACAAUAAGAAAGGUUCUGAAUUAUUUAAAAAAUAUAUUGUAAUUGCACAUAAAAGAGCUCAAUUAGAAAUUGAAAGAGAAGUGCAUUUUUUAUUCGAACGAGGCGUCCAAGAGACGCCAGUCGGAACACAAGAGCCAAAAGAUCUAAAUCCAGUAAUGCGAAUGGAUUUUUUGCUCCAAGUAUAA